UUGCCACUCUCGGCAAAUCAAGCACAAUGGAUUGUUUGUUCACCAGCCUUGCCAGCGAAGGGAUUCUACAACCCAAGGAAGAUGUCAAGACGCAGUAGUCGUUUGCAAGCCAAGCAGCAGCUGCUGCCGCCACCCCCAUCCCCCUGUCAGGAAGAGUCUCCACAAGAGCUGCAGGCACCAGAGCCUCUCCAGACCAAGAAAAGGAGAGCAACAGAGGAUAUCAAGAAAGGAGAAGAUGAAAAGGUCAUUAAAAGACAUCAGUAUGAGAUUAAGAGUUGUUGGCCACCCACAAUAUCAGGAGGCGUCUCCCCCUGCAUAAUUAUUGAAACACCCCACAAGGAAAUGGCAGCUACUGACUUUUCCAGAUUCAAGAAAUACAGGUUCAGAAACCUCUUCAUAAAUCCAUCACCUUUGCCUGAACUUAGCUGGGGAAAUUCCAAAGAUGUCUGGCUCAAUAUUCUGAAGAAGGAGAACAAAUAUGCUCACUGCAAACAUUUUACAUCGCUACAUUCUAACUUGCAACCACACAUGAGAUCAAUACUCCUGGACUGGCUCUUGGAGGUAUGUGAAGUGUAUAUGCUUCACAGAGAAACCUUCUACCUAGCUCAAGAUUUUUUUGAUAGAUUCAUGUUGACACAAAAGAAUAUUAAUAAAAAUAUGCUUCAGCUAAUAGGAAUUACCUCAUUAUUCAUUGCCUCCAAACUUGAGGAGAUAUAUGCUCCUAAACUACAAGAGUUUGCCUAUGUCACAGAUGGUGCUUGUAGCGAAGAUGAUAUUAUAAGAAUGGAGCUCAUUGUAUUAAAGGCUUUAAAAUGGGAACUGUGCCCAGUGACAAUCAUCUCCUGGCUCAAUCUUUAUCUCCAAGUGGAUGCUUUGAAAGAUGUUCCAAAAGUGCUGCUACCUCAGUAUUCUCAGGAAAAAUUCAUUCAAAUAGCACAGCUUUUAGACCUAUGUAUUCUAGAUGUCAGUUCUCUGGACUUCCAGUAUAGGACACUGGCUGCUGCUGCACUCUGCCACUAUACCUCAGCUGAGGUAGUCAAAAAAGCUUCAGGUUUAGAUUGGAACAGCAUUUCAGAAUGUGUAGCAUGGAUGGAUCCUUUUGUUAGGGUGGCAAGAAAAGCCCCUGUGAAAUUGAAGAGUUUUAAGAAGGUUGCAGUGGAAGACAGACAUAAUAUCCAAACCCACACAAACUACUUGGACAUGCUGGAUGAAGUGAAUUGUGGAGUAGCUCUAACAGCACCAGGACAGUUAUCUCCAGGGUGUAUAGGAGGAAUAAUAACACCCCCCAAAAGCACAGAGAAAAAGUGA